AACCUUUGACUACUUUUGUUAUCUCUUCAUUCAUCAAAACGCAACAUUAUAGUAAUAAUAAACAAACAAAACAACCAAACGCGCUUCUGCAAUAAUCACGUUUGUCACCAACUCUAAUUAUAUCACCUUUCUGGAUUUUCCAUUCAUUCAUUCCCCUUUCACCAAAAACAACCUUGGUGACAACAAAAAAUGUUAGACAAGCUUUUGGGAGCUCAAAGGGCCAGAAAAUUCCACAGAUUUCUCCGACAUUGUAAGGUCACAAUCCUCUGUCUUCUCCUCACCAUUGUUGUCCUACGUGGCACUAUCGGCGCCGGGAAAUUCGGUACGCCGGAGCAAGAUUUCGUCGACAUUCGUAACCGAUUCACCUCUCGUAAGCUACCUGAAACCCAUCGCAGUCUCGCCGAGAUUCAUUCAACAACAACAUCAACGUCUUCAUCUUCUUCCUCUCGUUCAGACAUUUCUACAAACAAUUACAAUGCAUUUGAUAUUAAUACAAUAUUGAUCGAUGAAGAGGAAGAACAAGAAGACAAAAAACCCAGCUCCGAUAAGGCUUAUCGUUUAGGACCGAAGAUUUUGGAUUGGGAUAAGCAGAGAUCAAAAUGGCUUAUUGAAAACCCUGAUUAUCCGAAUUUCGUUCGACCUGGUAAGCCUCGUGUGCUUCUGGUAACUGGGUCGUCGCCGAAACCGUGUGAGAAUCCGGUGGGUGAUCAUUACUUGUUGAAGUCUAUUAAGAACAAGAUUGAUUAUUGUCGUUUACAUGGUAUUGAAGUGUUUUACAAUAUGGCUCUUUUGGAUGCUGAAAUGGCUGGUUUUUGGGCGAAGCUUCCUUUGAUUCGGAAGCUUCUUUUGUCACAUCCUGAAGUGGAGUUUUUGUGGUGGAUGGAUAGUGAUGCGAUGUUUACGGAUAUGGCGUUUGAGGUUCCGUGGGAGAGGUAUAAAGACUCGAAUUUGGUGAUGCAUGGUUGGAAUGAGAUGGUGUAUGAUGAGAAGAAUUGGAUUGGGUUGAAUACUGGGAGUUUUUUGUUGAGAAACUGUCAAUGGUCGUUGGAUAUUCUUGAUGUUUGGGCACCAAUGGGACCGAAAGGGAAAGUUAGGGAAGAAGCUGGGAAGAUACUUACGCGUGAGCUCAAAGAUCGGCCGGUUUUUGAAGCGGAUGAUCAAUCUGCUAUGGUUUAUUUGUUGGCUAAGGAGAAGGAGAAAUGGGGUGAUAAGGUUUAUCUUGAGAAUGGUUAUUACUUGCAUGGUUAUUGGGGGAUUUUGGUUGAUAGAUAUGAGGAAAUGAUUGAGAAAUAUCAUCCUGGUUUUGGUGAUCAUAGAUGGCCAUUGGUGACUCAUUUUGUGGGAUGUAAGCCUUGUGGGAAGUUUGGUGAUUAUCCUGUUGAGAGAUGCUUGAAGCAGAUGGAUAGAGCUUUCAAUUUUGGUGAUAAUCAGAUAUUGCAGAUUUAUGGAUUCACACAUAAGUCAUUGGUUAGUAGGAGAGUUAGGAGAAUAAGGAAUGAGACUAGUAAUCCUCUUGAGGUUAAAGAUGAACUUGGUUUGCUUCAUCCUAGUUUUAAAGCUGUUAAGGUAUCUUCUUCUAGCUGAGAUGUUUUCGACGGAUUGAAAUGUGUUGCAUAUUUAGCUGCAGAAAUAGAAAUUUAGCCUCUCAGAUAUAGGAAAGUAGGAUAUGCAGUUUUUGAUCUGAUAUUCUUCUGUAACCUCUCGCUCUCUGUCUUAACUUAAAAUGUUUGUAGUAACACACAUUUUCAUGAAGUAGUAAUGGAAAUGUGUAAUGGCGGAUUUGCAUAUAAAAUAUGAGGUGUGUGUGAGUAUGAUUGGCAUUGUACUUUAGGCUUGCGAUUACUAUCUUGGUUUCUGAUUGCAGUUUUGAAGUAAAAAUAGUUCUGGACUUGACUAGUCUAUCAUUUUGAGAGGAUUAUAAUGUUUGCCGGUGUGCUCGUUCCGGACCACCAUGAUUAAGACAGGAUUAUAGUUUUGGACUGUGUGAUUUCACAACGAGUAUGCUACCUGUGUCCAUGUUACAUAUCAUCACAACUGUGUUGUUAGUAAAUCAGCAUGGCCUCUGAUUCAGGCAUUUUCUUCAAAUAUGAGUCUAUCUUUCAAAAAGCUUACAUGUGAGUGAACAUUGAGACCAUUAGCUAGAGGCAGAAAAACAAUUGUCUGCGAUGUUGCUGUUUUCUGUCAAGUUGAUCUUAAUUGCUUUAUCAUUAUUUUUUUGGUAGAAAGUACAUUGUAGAAUUAGUUUUGGACUUAACCAUCAGUUGGCUAAACCUUAAUUUUACAACAUCCUGUAUUCCAAGCAUUUUGAACAAUAUUUGGAGAAGAUUAUAACAGUGACUAUUCGUGAUUGCAGAGAGUUUGAAUAAUA